GUACUAGUAGCAUAUAAUUAGCUCACAUCCAAAUCCUUAAUCCGUAAGCACACUCCCAAAUUAAACCCGGCAAGUUGCAUAUUAUCCAUGAAAAACCCAUCAGUUGCUAUUGCUAUAUACUAGCCUCUAGCUCUAGUUGACCGGCGAGAGUAGUAUUAAUACCGCUACCACGCGUAGCCGCCGAGCUCGCCAUUAGCUUGCUAUUCUCUCUUCUUCUUCUUCUUCUUCUUCUUCUUCUUCUUCUUCUUCUUGGUGUGAUUGAGGUGGAGGAGGAGAUGAGUUUCAUAGGCAUGGUGGAGGCGAGAAUGCCGCCGGGGUUCAGGUUCCACCCGAGGGACGACGAGCUGGUGCUGGACUACCUCCUGCACAAGCUCGCCGCCGGCGGCCGGGGAGGAGGGGUGUACGGCGGCGGCGGCGGCGUCGCCAUCGUCGACGUCGACCUCAACAAGUGCGAGCCAUGGGACCUUCCAGACGCGGCGUGCGUGGGAGGCAAGGAGUGGUACUUCUUCAGCCUCCGCGACCGCAAGUACGCCACCGGCCACCGCACCAACCGCGCCACCCGCUCCGGCUACUGGAAGGCCACCGGCAAGGACCGCUCCAUCACCCGCCGCUCCUCCAUCUCCUCCGGCGAGCCCUCCUCCUCCGCCGCCGCCGCCGCCGUCGGCAUGCGCAAGACGCUCGUCUUCUACCGCGGCCGCGCCCCCAAGGGCCGCAAGACCGAGUGGGUCAUGCACGAGUUCCGGCUCGAACCGCAGCCUCUCCACCUCAAGGAGGACUGGGUGCUAUGCAGGGUGUUCUACAAGACCAGACAAACAAUUCCAAGCCCAUCAUCUGAAGAGGCCGUCACACUGCCCAAUGAGCUAGACCUGCCUGCCACGCCUUCGCUCCCGCCCCUCAUCGAUGCCUACAUCGCCUUCGAUAGCGCACCGACGACGACGCCAUCGAUGGUCGGGAGCUACGAGCAAGUGUCCUGCUUCUCCGGCCUGCCGGCAUUGCCAAUGAAGGGCUCCAUCAGCUUUGGGGACCUGCUGGCCAUGGACACCUCUGCAGAGAAGAAGGCCAUCAGGGUACUGCACAACAGCAACACUGCAAAGCUGGAGCUCUCCCCAGAUUGGGGACAGGAGAGUGGCCUGUCACAGAUGUGGAACCCCCAAUAAUGAUCUUGAUCUUGAUAUUGAUAUUGAUAUUGAUAUUGAUAUUGAUAUUGAUGAUGUUUGUGUUGCUACUUGCUAGAUAGCGAUUACUACUGAAUGCAGUGUGGCAAAUAACUUGUAAAGAGGUGACAUAUUCUUUCCUCUGCUGGAGUAGUAGCUGUGCAUACAUUUUGUAUUUGAUUGGAAAAUUUGAUUAGGGGUGUGACAUACACAGUAGAGUAGUGAAAAUGGCUUGGUGUAGAAUCUGUACAUAGGAUUGCAGAAAAGGGUUAUCCCUUUCUCUUUACUCUCUAGAUGUAUUUGUCAUUGCAGAUGAAUAAAGAUUUCAGAGACAGGCA